AUGACGUCGAUCAAAAAAUCCAUCGAGCGAACCGGCAGCGUUUCGGGUGAGGACAUGCUCAACUCGAUCAAGGUGAAGCUGCGCAGCGAGAUGGAGGGCAAUCUAGGCGAGGUCCCGCAAUUCAUGCUCAAGGCCGAAUUUGUUACGAUUCGACCUGCUCUCCUCGCGCACAAGGACGAGAGCCGGACCAUGAGCGAAGUACUCCGAGACACCAUCCUGGACGAACGUCUGCGGGCCAAACGCAACAAGAGCAAGCCGGAAAAGAUGCUUGUGGCAGUGACCCCCGACUACGUCGCACUCGUCUCGCGCGAGAACGGCCAGGUACUCCAGCGCAUCGCUCGCCAUUAUGUGGAGGAAGUGUGCAUCGACACCAAACUCCAGCCACCGAGCCUGGCCUUUUGUCACCACAACAAACGCCUCGGCAUUGACUACAUCAACGUCUUUGACGUCAAGAGCAAAUAUGCCGAUCCCUUUGAAUUGGCCAUCGAGGAAACUCGAAGCUACAACCGUUCCCACCGUGAAUCCAAAAUCUCCACUGCCGCCCUCGGCCUACCCGAGCGCCUCAUUGGGACCGAGCUCGGCACCUUCCUCGGGAGUCGCCCCGUCUCCAAGAAAACGGGAAAUGCGGCCUGUGAGGCUGCGGUCAUGGCGCUCCGUCGCAAAAACAAGAACCGAAACAAGGGCCUACUUGCGACCAUUGCCGUUCACAGUGACUCAAUUUCCUAUGCUGAAACCAUGAGCGAUGAUAUUUUAUUUGAGGGUCACAUCAAGGACGUCACCUUUGUGACUGUUCUAGACGAGGGCCAGCCCGAGGAGAUUUUUGCCUUUAUCGAGUCGGAUGAUCGCCUCGACACCAUCACCUGCCACCUCUUCCUCUGCGAGAAAGGCUAUGCCGACAAGAUUUGCACCUUUGUGAGCCGGGCCUUGCAGCAGAUGCGUGAGUUGCAAGAGCGCAAGGCCGAUGAUCCCUUCUUCCCCGACACCAUCAACAUGGCCCCCGAGCCCGUAACCGGUUUGCUGGGGGCCGCUCAGGUGCCCCGCGAUGAUCUCAGUGCGCUCAAGGUUCUCGGGGCCGGCCAGUUUGGGACUGUCUACAUGGCCACCCUGGCCCAGGAUGAUGCCGACGAGGAUCAGACCGUGGCCGUCAAAAUGCUCCGCACGGAAUCUUCCAAUGCCGAUGCCGAUGAAUUUCGCUACGAAUGUGAGGUCAUGGUGCAGCUGCAGCACACCAAUGUGGUCAAGCUCGUGGGUGUUUGCUUUGAACACCGGCCUUGGCUUUGCGUGCUGGAGAUUAUGCCGUACGGCGAUUUGCGCAAAGUUCUUCAGACAUGUGCCUCCAAGAACCUUCACUUGACGCUUGUGGAGCGGCUCAACUUUAUCAAGCAAACGCUGGCAGGCAUGGAAUAUAUCGCGUCACAGGGCUUUGUGCACAUGGAUUUGGCUGCGCGCAACGUGCUGCUGGGCGAGAACAAUUUGACCAAGAUUGCAGAUUUCGGUAUUGCCCACAAAGUGGAUCCCCAAACUCAAAAGUUUCGUCUCACGGGUCACCUGCGCCUGGCCGUGCGCUGGAUGGCACCCGAAACUCUGGGGGGAAAGCGCAUCUACUUUUCCGAAAAGACGGACGUUUACAGCUUUGGCGUCUUCAUGUGGGAGGUGUUUGAGAGUGGCGAGCUGCCUUUCGGCCAUUUAAAGUCUCGCGCAGCUCGCGACGAGAUUCGCGCUGGCCUCAUUUUGUCACAGCCUGAUGACUGUCCGGACGACGUCUUUGACUUUAUGUUGCAGGCCUGGCACAAGGAGCCGGAGCAGCGGCCGAGCUUUUCGACGUUUCACGAUGCCAUCUCCAAUAUUUACGCUCAGGAGCUGGAUAAGGGCCCACCGCGUGAUGUUGGGGCGGAGCUGAACGCGUUGCUGACGCAGAACAUGCGACGCAUGUCGACCAAGGCCAGCGUGGUGCGGCGCAAGUCGGGCACGCGGCGGAUCAGCGAGUCGGCCGUCAAGCAGCGCCAAUUCUCGAGCGACCUCUCGACCAUGCGCGAGGAGGAUGAAGAAGGCGAGCAAUCGCUGGCGGAGCAAGGCAUGGGGUUUGGCGUCCCUGAUGAGGAUGGGGAUGAUGCCAAGGUGACACGUCGAAAUAGUCCUCGGCAUCGUACCGUGUCGAGCAGCUCAGCCACCGUGGAGGCAGCGGCAUCGGCCUUUUCCUCGAAUCAGCUGGUGCGGCGGGAAUCUCAAGAUUUGGACCUGUCGUUGUUUGAGCAAGUGGAUGCUUAG